AUGUAGGUGAAUUACGAAGCAUUGAUUGAUGAGACUAAAAACAAAAUGUUGAAAUGGCAAGAAAUCAACGAACAGAACAUGUGGGAAUUGUACUCAAAUAAAGAUGGAUAUAUUGUGUAUACCAAGAAGAAUCCAGAAAACGGAAUUGCAAUGAAUAGGACACAAACAGAAAUAGCUAGAACACCUGAUCAAAUACUUGAUUUGGUAGGAGAUGUAAAUAAAAGACCCUUGUAUGAUGAGAAGAUUGAAACUGCACACGUUAUAGAAUAGAUUGAUGCAAAUACUAGGAUAGUGUAUGUGAGAAUCAAACCACCCAUUCCUUUUAUGAGCAGCAGAGACUUAGUUAUGGUUUAGAAAGUGUAUAAAUAAAAUGAUGGCAUUAUUAUCGUUUGUUCUAAAUCUAUCAUCCAUUAGAAAACUCCCCCAAUUAAUAAGGUUGAGAGAGCAGAAAUGCAUUUGAGUGGUUGGAUCAUCAUUCCUUAACCAAAUUAAAUGACCAAAGUUAUAGCUCUCCAAUGUUUUGACCCAAGAGGAGAUGUACCUUAAUCAGUUACUAACCAAUAUGCAAAGUUGUAAUCAGAUAUGAUGAAAGCAGCCGUAAAAUACAUUGCACUUAAUUAUAAAUGAGUAUUUAUUAACACAAAUUUAAUAUUGAUAAUCAUUUGUUAAA